AUGAAUAAUACCAUUGAACAUAUAUGUAAAAGUACAUAUACAUCUAAAAACAAGUGCAAUGAUUUAUGUGAAGAAACUUCUAGCAAAAACGAAAAUGCCGGAAUUUUGAGUGGAGGAAGAACAAUUGAUAAAUAUAAUAUAAAACUCAUUACUGAUAAAGAAUAUAAUAUGGAAAAUAAAAUAUUGGAAAAUGAGGAAAUAAAACCAGAGAAAAAAAAAAAUAUAGAUAAUAAAAAAAAUAGCAUAGACUUUGAAUCCUUUAACCAAAACAUUUUUAAUAUAAACAUUAAUUUAUAUGAAAAAGAUGAAGAAAAUAAUGAAGAAAAUAAUCAUGAAGAAAAUCAAGAUUAUGAAGAUGAAGACGAAGACGAAGACAAAGACACAAAGGAUGGAAAUGAAAAUGAGAAUGAAAAUGAGGAAGAAACAAAAGAUAGAAAAAGAUACACAAAAAAAAAGCAAAACAUUAAAAAGGAAAAAAUAAAGGAUUCUAAUAAUUAUGAUGAUAGUGAUGAUUCUUCAUACAAUAGCAUAGAUGAAGUAAAUAAAAUUUUAAAAAUAAACAAUGACGAAAAAUUGGAAAAAAAAAACAGAUAUACUUAUAUACUACAACACAAAAAAAGAAUUAAAGAUAAAAGAAAAGAAAAAGUAAACAAAGAUAAAAAGAAUAAUUAUCUAAAAUUAAAUUAUUUAAGAAUAAAUAAAACCUCAAAAGAAAAUGUAAAAAGAGCUAGUGUAGCCACCACAAUGUUAGAAAAUUUUUCUAACAGCGAUACAGAAUAUAGUGAUGAUGAUUUGUAUGAUUCUAAAAAUUGA